GCGUGAAUUAUAUCGGCGAGUGGUUCUCCAGGCCGGUCCCGCAGUGAUGCGAUGCGCGGCGAUGAGAUGCCGCUUCCGAUAUCGCGGAGUCGGAGAAACCCUCGGCCCUAUCGGCCGCGCCUGCGAAGACGCGCCCGGAGCAAAAGCCAUGAGGUUUGAACUCGACACCAGAACAUUCCUCAGUCCUUGUGAAGGUUGAGAAAGAAAAUAUAGAUCAUUUGCGUGCUGCUGGGAGCUUCCCCGGAAAGGCCACACACCCCCUUGCGUCAGUUUAGUUUUGUGUCCUCUUUCGUCCCUACUCGGGCAAUCAUUCCGUGUUUUGUCUGAAUGCAACCAGAUUCGGAUGAAGCGCGUCCUGUCUCGACGCCUAAGAGACCAAGGACCACCGAUGCAGCCCCCAAUGGCUCCGUGAACGGGCAUGCCGACAGAGAAAAGACCCCUGAAGGCAAGCCAGCGAAGAGGAUCAAGUCGACGCCCAAGAAGCCUGCCACUGAUACCCCAGCUGCCCUGAAAGCAUCGGGUCUGAAGACGCCUACACAUAAGAACAAGGCGAAAGCUUUGUUCUCGACGCCUGCGAAACAGACCGCUGCGCCUGUCUCUCCGACCAAGGCUCGAAAUGCCGACCGGUCUGCAAAGAAGAAGAGCGCUCGCCUGCUCUUGGAACAGGACGAGGACGAAAUAUGGGAUGGAGCCGACCGGCUCGCCGAGGAAAUUCUAGGCGACAAUGACACCACGAUACCGACGGCUGCGGAGGGAGACGGGGUGAUACCAUCGGUCGAGGCAGGGUCGGAGCCAGCAGCAGCAGAUACAACAGCGCCAACCCCCAAACGACGAGCCGGAAGACCGAAGGGAGCCAAAAACAAACGCUCACCAACGCCGGAGGGCGAGCUCCCGGCACAUGAACGCUACUUCUUCCAGAACCGGGCAGGCCCGCCGCGGACGUCAAACAACAAUCUGAGCAAGGUGAAUCUCCUGACGCAUGAGGAGUAUUUUGAAAAGAUGGCGCAGUGGGUGGACCCAUUGCAGGAGGAGAAGGCUCUGUUGCUGGACCUCCACUGUCGGUCCUUCCCUCAAUGGGACUUUGAAUUCGAUCAGGGGUUCAAUAUUUGUUUGUACGGCUACGGAUCCAAGCGCCGACUGCUGCAGGCGUUUGCCGACUGGCAGUACUGCCGACACCACAACGACGACGACAACAACGACGACAGUGAGAACCCCUCAGUUGUCAUUGUCAAUGGCCACACACCGGGCGUCUCGAUCCGGACCAUCUUCGCGACGAUCGUCACGGCGGUGUUGGGCGCCGACAUUCCGUCGAAGAUGGGCUCACAGCCGCAAGAGGUCUUGGAACUUCUCCAGUCUAGUCUGAACGCCCGCGGCCCCUCGUAUCCCCCAAUUACCGUGCUCAUCAACUCCAUCGACGCCCCCUCCCUUCGGCGCGCCGCCAACCAAGCCCUCCUAGCCCGCCUGGCCGCCACCCCGCAGAUCCACCUCCUCGCCACAGCCGACACGCCGAACGUGCUCCUGAUGUGGGACCUCAGCCUGCGCGACCAAUUCAACUUUGUCUUCCACGACUGCACGACCUUCGUACCCUUCGACGCGGAGUUCGACGUCGUCGAGGAAGUCAGCGCCCUGUUGGGCCGCAAGGGCCAGCGCGUCGGCGGCAAGGAGGGCGUGGAGUUUGUCCUGAAGAGUCUUCCCGAGAACGCCCGCAACUUGUACCAGUUGCUUCUAACGGAGCUGCUCGCCUCUACGGACGAGGGCCAUCUGUCAGACGACGAGAUGGGCGGGCUCGCCACCGGAGGAGAGGGACGGGAAGAGGCCGGUAUCGAAUUCCGCACCCUCUACCAGAAGGCGGCCGAGGAGUUCAUCGCCAGUUCCGAGAUGAUGUUCCGCACGUUGCUCAAGGAAUUCCACGACCACCAGAUGAUCACCUCCCGGAUCGACGCGAGCGGCAUGGAGAUUCUCGGCGUGCCGUUGAGCCGGGAGGAGAUGGAGGGUGUUUUGGAGGAUCUGGUUUUGGCUUGAGCUAAGCUUUGGUGUGGUGCUGAUGCUUGAUCAAGAUGGACAUCCCUACGUGAAAGAGUAAACAAAGAUAUGAUACCCUGUAUAC